AUGCUUCUACUUAUUUUAUAAGUUAGCUUACAUUACAUAUUUUCUUUUUCUUGCUUAGUAUCAUUCUUUGUCGUGUUCUUUUAAUUAACCUUUCGUCAGUUUGUCUUGUGUUUCUCACAACACAAAAACUUGUAAAAGUGUUAAGAAAUCAAGAUCUGAAAAAUAUUAUCACCUCUUGUAGGUUUCUCGUUUUUUCUUCAUCUUCUCCUGAUCUAAAAUCACUUAUUUCUUAGGUUUCCACUUCUUGAAAUAUAUACUCAGAAUUUAACCUCCCUAGGGCUUUAAUGGCGAAUCCAUGGUGGACAGGACAAGUGAGCCUCUCCGGCCUCGAAACGACACCGCCUGGUUCCUCUCAGUUAAAGAAACCAGAUCUCCACAUCUCCAUGAACAUGGCCAUGGACUCAGGUCAUAACAACCAUCAUCAUCACCAAGAAGUCGACAACAACAACGACGACGAUAGAGACAACUUGAGUGGAGACGACCACGAGCCACGUGAAGGAGCCGUAGAAGCCCCCACGCGCCGUCCACGUGGACGCCCUGCUGGUUCUAAGAACAAACCAAAGCCACCGAUCUUCGUCACGCGCGAUUCCCCGAAUGCUCUGAAGAGCCAUGUCAUGGAGAUCGCUAGUGGGACUGACGUCAUCGAAACCCUAGCUACUUUCGCCAGGCGGCGUCAACGUGGCAUCUGCAUCUUAAGCGGAAACGGCACUGUGGCUAACGUCACCCUCCGUCAACCAUCGACGGCUACGGUUGCCGCAGCUCCUGGUGGUGCGGCGGUUUUGGCUUUGCAAGGGAGGUUUGAGAUUCUUUCUUUGACCGGUUCUUUCUUGCCAGGACCGGCUCCACCUGGUUCCACCGGUUUAACAAUUUACUUAGCCGGUGGUCAAGGUCAGGUUGUUGGAGGAAGCGUGGUUGGCCCAUUGAUGGCGGCUGGUCCAGUGAUGCUGAUCGCGGCCACGUUCUCUAACGCUACUUACGAGAGAUUGCCUUUGGAGGAGGAAGAGGCAGCAGAGAGAGGCGGCGGUGGAGGCAGCGGAGGAGUGGUUCCAGGGCAGCUGGGAGGCGGAGGUUCGCCGCUGAGCAGCGGUGGUGGUGGAGGCGACGCUAACCAAGGUCUUCCAGUGUAUAAUAUGCCUGGAAAUCUGGUUUCUAAUGGUGGCGGCAGUGGCGGAGGUGGACAGAUGAGCGGCCAAGAAGCAUAUGGUUGGGCUCAAGCUAGGUCAGGAUUUUAACGUACGUUGAAAUGGCUUUUUAUUUUACAGAAGUUUACAAUAAGAAUUAUAACGAUGUUUUUUUAUGAUGAUGAUGAAAACCAGUCAGUUGCUACUAGUGAGCUAUAUAGUGUGAGUGCGUACAUUAUAUUAUGUUCUCUCUUGACUAUGAUUUUUAUUUGCUAAAUUUCACUUCUUACUUGUGUUUUUAUGUUCUCUUAUUAAAAAGUUUUCUCUUUGUUUGAUGCUCCAUUUUAUAUAAUGAAGUUAUGUGUGCAUA